AUGAGCCUCAAGGUGAAGGUGGCUUCCGAUCUUAACACCUUGCCUGAGGAGUGUGUGGUGCCGUUGAAGCCGGCAGAUGCGCCAUCUACGGGAACCGUCAAACUACGGCUCAAGGCUUGCGAUGCGGCCCCAGUCAGUUCUACCCCGGUGAAGAUCACAAUCAACGACUGCCUGAUGUGCAGCGGGUGCGUGACCUCUGCUGAGGAAGUCUUUUUCCGAGAGCUGAACACCACAGCUUUGCAAAAUGCAAUUACUUCAGGACCAAAGGCAGGGCGUCCCAUCGUUCUUUCGCUCUCCCAGUCAGCCAUUCUAUCCUUGUCCAGAGUCUUGCUAGACAUCACGUCAGUAGAGCCUUGUACAGUGGACACCCUCUUCAAGCAACUUGAGUACGCUUUGCGAACCCGCGUUGCUGGCCUCCGGCAUUGCACAUAUGAAGACGCACCGCCUGUCUAUGUUGUUUCAGAGGCCCAGCACCAGGAGCAAUCUGUACUUAUGAACGUCCGCCAGAUCUCAUUUCUCAUGCAAUCUUCCGAGCCGCGUUCAAACAUUGCUAUCAUCACCCACUGUCCAGCUGUGCGACUCUUUAUUACGAAGAGGAACAGAGAGCUGAUCUCAUACAUUGUCUCAACAGCCUCCCCAAUGGAGCUCUUUGGUGCCAGCUACUGUGGUAUAGACGCAUCGCCACUUCUGGUCUCAAUCCAACCGUGUCAAGACAGGAAGCUGGAGCAGUUUCGGGGCGCUGCGGUGGACGUCUGCCUGACCGCUCAGGAGGUGCAUAGCUUCCUUGCAGGGACCCCUCAGGGCUCAUCACCCCCUGCUUUCUGUUCUUCCUACACACCCUCUCCCACAUCCUUCUGGCAGUAUGCACUAGGCCCCCUUCUAGUUCUGUACCUUCGGGCCAAAGAAUGGAUAUCAGAUGAAGGUCUGUCGCGUCUUUUGGUACAACGCGCCGAUGGAGUUGACCUUCACUGGACUAAGAUUGGUAACGAGCUUUUUUCUUGUACAAUUGAGCUUUCACAAAAUCAAUCUCCCUACUCUUGCGUCAUAAUAUACAAGUCCACCGGAUAUCACAAUCUGCAGAACCUCGUCCGGCGAAUUCACGCUCUGUGCCCCAACAAGAGCGCCCUUUAUAUACUUGAUCUCCAUGCUUGUCCCUACGGGUGCUAUGGCGGGGCCUGCAUUGCAGGGGAUGACAGACACCCGGUCAGCUCUGUCGCAUCUGCGUCUCAUGCAGCAACGAUGAGCGCCGAUAAGGCUGUGCUCUCCCACAUCCUUGCAGCGGACACUUGCGCAGGUUUGCUUGAAGGACUGGUGCAGGCUGUGGACAGAAUCACCCUCCAGGAGACUGUCAUCAGAACGGAUGGCGAGGUCGUCAGUCCCGAGGAGAUCGCAGCGCGCAAAGGCAUCCAGAGCGGCGUCCGGAUCCAGGACCUUGCAUGGUGA